UGUCAUACACAUACUCAAGUUGACAACCAGACCUCGCACCCACUUCAGUUUCUCCCAAGUUCAGCCUUCAACAAUAUGCCAGUCGAAAACACAUACUCUCUCAUAACAGAUCAAACACCAACAGAAGCUGCUCAGGCAACCAAAUAUUGCUUGUAUUGCAAUAACCCACUCGAUUCAUCCAAUGCUGUGCUCAUGCAGGACGACCACGAUUCCAACACUAUGUGUGCUUGGUGUCGUGAUAUGCAACCACAAGGACAACAAGAUAAUGAUGCCUUCGCAGAUGAUGAUACCGGCGCUUCAUUUACCCGAACUACGCUUACCACUGUCUCUGGCCAGUUGAAUAGCGCACCGCUCGGUCAUAUUGCAGACUUGCAAGGCAUCUUUGGUCACGAUAUGGACUUAGACGAUGCUCCUACACCUAGUUCAACAAUUUCUUCUCUCUGUCCUACAAUUUCUAUCCCAUCUUUCCCCCAUUCUACGUGUUCGCAGUCGCCCAUACCCGUCACCCCAAAACCCAUCCACACUCAUGCUACCACAUCGUCAAGACCCCUGUCCAACCAGUCCCGCAAUAACGUCUCCACGGAUUCUCAUUCUCUGCGUAUAAAUACCUCCUACUCUUCUCCAAACCCCCUUCUUGACAUCACGCAUAUUCGUGUGCGCUCUCAAGGCCAUCACUGUUUAUAUCCUGGUGCUGUGUUCCAAGGUACACAGAAAAGCGGCAGGAAUAGCUAUGAAGUGAAUGUCAACAUCGUUGAUGUAGACUUUUCUUCCUCGUUUCUUUGUGGAUAUCUCCGCAUCCGCGGCUUGACCGAUGACUGGCCUGAAUUGACCACUUAUUUUGACGCAGAAAUCAUAGGAAGUCGUUAUGGAUUCUUGACCCAAAAUUGGGGCGCCAAUGAACAAGAGGACAUGGUUCACUGGCAGCGCUUCCCUGCAUUCCGACAUGUAAAAAAUGAGUUGAAAAAACCUAACCUGACCAUCCCCGAUCGUGAUCGUGGCGCGGUCUUCAUGAGAUGGAAGGAACGGUUCUUGGUACCCAAUCACAGAGUACAAGAUAUCAAUGGCGCGAGCUUCGCAGGCUUUUAUUAUGUUUGUGUCGAUUUCAACCCCCAGCCUCCUUCAUCGGCCUCCGCGCUUCGCCCAGUCACACAAUCUGUUCCGUUCGAGAAGGAUGGAAUCAAUGAUUCGCCGUUGUCCCAUUCGCCAUCUCUCGGGAAAACGGAGACGACCCCUACUGUGCGGAAGCGGAGGGAUUCCAGCGUCAGACGAGGAGGUCGAGGCCUAUCAGUUGGUCCACGUUCUCAUCCUCCUGCUGCAACAAUGAGCGGAUUUUACUUCCAUCAGAACUCUGAACCAUAUCAACAGCUGUCACUCAGUCACGUCCCGGAACGCUUUAGCUCCAACUUUGAGUUUCGAUGAGAAGCUCAGGGGUGGAGCGUUGCCUCGCUUGUAUGGUAAAAACGCACUACGCACGGAAUACUGGACUGAACUUAAUUCAUUUGUGGCAAGGCUCUGUCUGAUCUUAUCUUAGUCUUCCACUCUCGGUGCCGUCAUUCUAAACUUGGUACUGACGAGCAUCGCCAAGGAGAAUCUAAUAUCAAUGAUUGAGUGAACCACAAAUC